AGAAGGUGAACCUGGCUGAGAAGCGGUCCUGAGUGGCAGAGCUGGGAAGGCAAAAUUUAAACCACGAUGGCAGCUCAAUUGGACAUUACUCCUUUCAACUUCAGUGAACCCAGGACCGGCCAUGGGUUUGGAAACCAAGAUCCCAGAGAUUCACAACUGCGACUUAUCUUAGUGGGUAAGACUGGAGCAGGAAAAAGUGCCACAGGGAACAGCAUCCUUGGGAAAAAAGCAUUUCAUUCCAGCAUUGCAGCAAAAUCCAUCACCAAGUUCUGUCAGAAAGAGAGCAGCACAUGGAAUGGGAGAGAAAUUGUCGUUGUGGACACACCUGGCAUUUUCGACACUGAGGUACAGGAUGCUGACACACAAAGGGAGAUUGCUAAUUGCAUCCUCCUGACCUCCCCUGGGCCUCACGCUGUGCUCCUGGUGGUCCCACUGGGCCGGUACACAAAGGAAGAUCAAGAUGCUAUCAAGAAGAUGCUGUCAAUGUUUGGACCCAAAGCUAGGAGAUACAUGAUUCUCUUAUUCACCCGGAAAGAUGAGUUGAAUGGCAUGGAGGUCUAUAAUUACUUAAAGGAAGCUCCACAAGAUAUUCAAGACUUGAUGGAGCAGUUCAAGGAUCGUCACUGUGAGUUUAACAAUAAGGCAACAGGGGCUGAGCAGGAGGCUCAGAGGGCACAGCUGCUGGGAUUGGUCCAGUCCAUGGUGAUGGGGAAUAAGUGGGAAUGCUAUACUAAUGAGGUGUACCAAAAAGCUGAGGUGGAGAUUCAGAAACAAAUUCAAAUGAUACAAGAACAACUCAGAGCAGAGCUGGAGAGAGAGAAGAGACAGUUAAUAGAGGAGUAUGAAGAGAAAAUCAGAAAGGUGGAGGAUAAACUGGAGCAAGAAAAGAAAAAGGUAGAAAUGGAGAUGCAAUUGGCAGAAAGGAAGAGCCGCUGUGUUUCAAGGCAGCAAAAUGCCAGAGGUGAAGUGGAGAGUCAGAAAGAGAUGAUUGACACACUCUUGAGAAUAUUUGAGAUUGCUUCCCUUUUGUUCUCAUUUCUGUUCAAGGAAGAUUAAGCUUAAUGAAAAUCUGUCAAUGUUUCCUGCAUAUUUUCAAGUGUUCCUUCCCAUAUAUCUCAUUCCCCAAAAUCUGUUUCUAUCUCUCACACUCUCAGGACUGGGGUGUGUAGUAACAUUUAUUGUUGUCAAUUAGUAUAUAUUUCAUUUAUUUUACAGGGAGAGACACAUUCUCAAUUUGUAAAACUCCAAAGCAGAAAGUGUGGAUAACCCCUAUCUAGUGAGCUCUUUCUCAGAAACAGAAAAGGUGAAUGCAUGAGACUAAAAGAUGGUGACUCCAAGCUUUCUGUAUUUAUCCCUAUUAACCAUUUUUUCCUCUAGAUUCUUUCUAGAUUGGCACAUAAUCUCCACCUGUGGCUUCUACUUCAUAUUUUUACCUUUGGAAUGACAAGAUCAUUUUACCUAUGUUGUUAGAUAAAUCAAUUAUUUGUAUUAGGUAAUGGAUAGCUAGAGAUGCUUAUAGAAUUCUUUCUAAAUGACCAUAAAUUUAUUGAAUUACAUUCUUAUGGGAAGACUGAAAUCGUUCCUUAUCAUCUGCACACUGAAUAACAGAGUUUUCUGAAAAACAGAUUUCUCAGAACACAACUAAGUGAAAUGUCAGAAAGAGUAAAAGACAGAUUCAACAGCUAAGAGAACAAUGUUCAGUAUAUGCAGAGUUUCUGUAGAUAGUCUUUGAGCAACAUAUAUGUAAC